CGGGCCGACGCCAAGCUCCGCCGGAUCGGCUGCUCCCAGGCCGCCAUGGGUGGCCAUGCCCAGGCCCGGGCUUCAUGGAUACGGGAACAUGCCUCUCACAUUGGCAAACAGCUGUUUGUUACACGCAGACCUGGUAAAUUUGCGCACACACGUGACUAGGUAGUCCUCUUCAAGAAGUUAGGUUGGCACGUGCAGAGCGAGCCAUUUUCUGGUAUCCCCAACCAACAGCCCUGCUAAACCACAAUUUGAGAGUUACCUUGCCUUCCAUCUCUUCAACGACAGCGCCAUGGAUUCGCCAGUCAUCAUCGACCCCGACGGAGACAUUUACCUGCGGUUGCAGGUAUUUGUUGCUGAAGAAGAGCCAGCAAGCUUACCAGAAAGCUCGCCAGAAGGAAACACGCCAACACCAAGGAGCAAACACCCGCAACCAAGCUCGCAGCGGGUGAGAGUCUCAUCGAAGGUGCUAUCCCUCGCCUCACCAGUCUUCAGGGCCAUGUUUAGCGGCAAAUACAAGGAAGCUGUGGCAUUGGCCGAUGCUAGCGUAUCCUUAGUGCGCUAUACUCUGGAUCUCCCCGAGGAUGAUGCGGAAGCCACGAUACUGCUUUGCAGAAUCAUGCACUUCAAGACAAACGAUGAGGACGAUAAACCUACACCGGAGACUCUCCAGCAGCUAGCGGUGCUCGCAGACAAAUACCAGUGCGCCCACGUCGUCCAACAUCGCGGCGCUCUCUGGGUGAGGGGUAUUCUUGAGAAGGAGCAUGAUCUGGCCAUCGAUGAUCUCUGUAGCCUCCUGAUCUUUGCAUACGCCAUGGAUCUCCACGACGAGCUUCAUCUUAUCGCGUUCAAGCUUGUCAUGUCUCACCAAGGACGCUUCUCAUCCGGUUCCUCUCAGACAGCUAUACUGUCUACGCACCCACUCCUAUCCCAUGAUUUGCUAGGGGCACUAGACGCAUUGAGGUCCAAGAUCUGUCAAGAGCUGUACGAGGCGUUAAUGGCACCCCUGACCAUGCCGUGGAAAACACUCGCAUCGCAGUGCUAUUGCGCAGCUAAGGCCGUCGGCAGGUACCUCAACCUUCUCCGCCAAGCCUCCAUCUUCCCACAAGACUCGCAAUUCUCCAACCAGAUCCUUCUCUCCAUCAUAUCCAAGGCAGGAGCUCUACCAAGCGUUUCUGCUAUAGCCCAUCGAUGCGACAAACGUCACUGCAGAUGCUCCUUCGAUCUCAACGUAGAUCUGACAGCCGGGGCUAUUAAGAAGGCUAGGUCUAUACGUGGAGGGAGUGAUAGAUAUAACCUCUGCCUCAACGGCAUCAACUCGGGGGGUUCGAACAAAAGGCAGCACAACUAGGUAAUCGUCCCCUAGUAGACAGCCAAGCAGAUGAGCCAAAUCAAAAUCAGGCGUAUCGACGAGAUCACAAAGGCGAUUGAUAGUCCCCAAGGCCCGCUGGUGGAGAAGGAACCCGAUUAUGGCAGAGUGCAAAAGAGCUUGUGGAAAAUAGCAGAGGCGGUGGCGUCUGUGAUGAAUGAUGAAGCAACAUGGCCAAACCCAUUCCUUUCUUCUUCCGAUACGUAGUCUGAAUAGAAAUCCAGACUGCCAUAAACCAAG